AUGGCGGACGAUCGUGGACGGUAUCGAAGAGGGCGAUACAAAGAAUAUUUGCGUCAUCAUAACCCGUACAAAUUCGAAGCAGCACGAAGAAAAAAUCGAAGGCUUAACCGCCAGAAAGCUGAUUCUUGUUCAGCAGCACAUCAGAGCGGUGUAAACGACAAAGAGCCGGAGAUCGACUGUCGGGAAUUCGAGGUGAUGUGUGCAUGUGAUGAAUCCACUCUUGAUCAAUGGGAUGUUUUUAGUUCUGAAGAAACCGCAGUAGAAAAAGCAGCAUUGUCAAGCGAUGAGCAAAUGCACGAGAUCUUGAAAACAAGAGAUUUGGGAUUAGAUAGGAUGCUUGAUUUGGAGGCCAGUGAUGACGAACAGUUGACGACUACGAGCACUUCGUACGAGCGUUUUCUCAGGGAAGAUGACGACGCUAGCUUGCAUUCUGUAAGCGACUACGAAGACCAGGAGGACCUUGAAUUGCCAUCUGAAAACUGCGAGUCAGAAUCUGAUGAUAAUAUCCUUUAUCCAGGCGCUCCACUCACAAGCAGCACUAGUGUUGUUCUGUUGUUAACGUUUGUAAUGAAGCAUAAGCUUACACGUGAAGCAUUUAAUGAUCUGCUGUCAGUAAUUGAAGCACACUGUCCGCGGCCCAACAACUGCAAAACGUCUGUGAAAAAACUUUUGGAAUUCGUAAGUCAAGCGAAGGGUGACAUUGAAAAGCACUACUUUUGUGAUUAUUGUAAAGCCUACUUCGGCAAAGGCACCGGAAACUGUAACAUUUGUGGUCGUAGCAUUUCUAAAGCUAGUAGAUUCUUCAUCGAAGUACCUGUGGAAAAGCAGCUACAAAAAUUUUUCACUGGUAAGUAUUUCGUAUUUUGUGAAUAAUACAAAGUUAACUAGCUAUUCAUUAUGUUUUGGGAAGUUUCAUACAUAGUGCAACAGUCUUUCAUUCAGUCUUUCGUAAAUCAUUUUCAUGCAGUUCAUCUAUUAUAAAGGUCACUGGUAAAUGAUACUGCAAUAAUAUUAUUGAGAAAAUAUCAAAUAGACAGAGAAAGUAUUGCAUAUUUUUGCAAAAAAAGGGCUUGAUAUCGGUAAUAUUUCAGAAUAACCUGUUGUAAAGCGAUUCACCUCAUUCAAUAAGAUUAAUUUCAAAACAAUCGCAUGUCAGUUCAUCUGCCAAAGAACAUGAACUUUUUGUUGUGCUAGUUUGAGCUAGAUGAAUUAUCACUUCUGCCAUUUUAUAAUAGAACGGCCAAAUUUAUAUUUACCUCCAUAAUGACAUUUCAGAACUCAGUCAGUUCCUUUUCCUUUUGUAAUCUUAUGUAAUGCGAUAAUUAAAGCCCCGUAUGAUAUAAACAGCAACAUGCAUGCUUCUGAUCUUACAUUGGACAAAUUUUGGAUCCGAUCCUUAGUGCAAAGAAUAGGCUGCUGCCUCGCCAAGGUUCACCGGCAAUAAAUCAGUCAGACUAUUCCCAAGCAUUGUCACCCAUACAACAUUAUAGACAAAACAUAAUUUACUUCCAUCAAUCUGAUGCAGUAUUGCCUGGUCACUCUUACAUUGCCAAAAAAUAAAUUUUAUUCUUUUCCAAAACUUACCUGUUAUUGGACUACAUUUGUUCACACAUGUCCAGGUUUCCAUACUAAUCCAUUCUUCUUUCUUUCUCUAGACCCUGAAUUUGUUCAUGGUCUUAGGCACAGAUUUGAGAGAGUCAAGAGGGAUGA